UAAUGCCACUGGGCUCUGGCUUUGCAAGGAGAAAUCAGCAGGGUCUAAUUAGUCCUUAUGCAAUCAGCACUGCUCAUCCUCUGAGCGUGCUGCUAAUGCUGGGUAAACCUCACAACCUCUUCUUGAUGAGGUCAGCAUCUCUCUCUCUCACAGCUGGGGAGAGGCAGAGACCCUUGCAGAGGUAUCUUCAAUCCAUGAGAAUGGAAUGGAACACACGACUGAGCAUCAGCAAUGCUGGCAUUGCUGCCCAGAGAGCUGUGGGUGCCCCAUCCCUGGAGAUCACUUUCUACGAAGGGAAAUGCUUCUCGGGCAGGAAGCUGGAGGUGUGCAGCACCUGCAGCAGCUUCCAGCAGCGAGGUUUCCCCAACCGUGUCAACUCCAUCCGCGUGCAGAGCGGGGCCUGGGUCUGCUUUGACCACCCUGAGCUGCACGGGCAGCAGUUCGUGCUGGAGCACGGCGAGUACCCACACUGGCAGCGCUGGAACGGCCGCGGCGACCGCAUGGGCUCCUGCAGACCUGUGGGCAUGCACGGGCAGCACUACCGCAUCCAGCUGUUUGAAGGGAGCUGCUUUGGAGGCCGCAGCAUGGAGCUCACUGAGGACUGCUCUUGUCUGCAGGGCCGGGGCUGGGAGCAGCCCCACGUCAACGCCAUCAGGGUGUACGGUGAUGGCGCGUGGGUGCUUUACGAGGAGCCCAACUAUCGUGGCCGCAUGUAUGUGGUGGAGCGGGGCGAGUUCAGCAACUUCCGAGCAUGGCAGGGCUUCAGUGCAAACGUCCAGUCCAUCCGGAGGGUCAUCAACUACUUCUAGCUGAGACCAGCCCAUCAGAGCUGGGCUGCUGGGCUGCUGGGCUGCUGGGCUGCUGGGCUG